AUGCUUGGUAGCAUUGAUUGUAUGCAUUGGGAGUGGCAUAACUGCCCGACUGCGUGGCGAGGCCAAUACACGCGAGGUGAUCACGACCAUCCAACCUUAAUACUUGAGGCCGUGGCGUCACAAGAUUUGUGGAUCUGGCAUUCUUUCUUUAGGCUCCCUGGUUCACUCAACGACCUCAACGUGCUAUACCAAUCGGCGAUCUUUAGUGAUGUCGUUAAUGGAACCGGUCCGGACACCCGUUUUACAGUUUCAGGGGUUGAGUAUAGACGCGGGUAUUAUCUUGCUGACGGAAUAUAUCCGUCUUGGUCUACAACUGUCAAGACUAUUUCAUUUCCCGAUGACGAAAAAAGGAAAAAAUUCGCCAAUCGUCAAGAAGCUGCAAGAAAAGACAUCGAACGUUGUUUUGGUGUUUUACAAAAAAAAUGGGCCAUCAUUCAACAACCGGCACGUGCUUUCACACCGAAGAGGUUGCGCCUUUGUAUGUACGUUUGCCUUUUGCUCCAUAACAUGAUUAUUGAAGACGAAUGUCGGGCGAUUUGUGAGUAUGAUGAGAAUGCAUCUUACAGGAAUACUGUCCCGGUAGAUCCGACGCAACAGGAUUUAAACUCGUUCGCGCUAACCAACGACUACACGCAUGCAAACCUUAAACACGAUUUGGUAGAACAUAUAUGGAACAACGUAAACGUCGGGGACGGUGACAGAGACGAAGACGAAUAG